AUGCGCGGCGUCCGGCUACCGGCCUGGACAAUGGGCGUUAGCCCUCGGCCGGUCUUGAGACCUCAGAGCGCCAUGCCUCGUGACAUGUUGCCUGUCGCAAGCCGAAUUUUCUCUCGAUUUGGCGGACCUAAUUGGGCCAGUCGACUAUACACCACUGCCUCAGGAGCCCUACGCGACAGAGCCGGUAGUGAUGUCCGACCAACCGAGGUUCCUCUUUUGCUUCGCCAACAUAACUACAAAUAUACCCUUUAUACAUCUCGCAUUGUUUCUCAAGUACGGUCCUUCAACUCAUCGUCACAUCUCUACCAAGCGAAACCGCCCUUGUCGCCCUCGCAACCCUCGAACGGCUCCCAGGCCCACGGACUCCCGGUUUCGGAAAAAGAUGGCGAAGUUGCUGAAGAUAAAGGUUUCGAGCUAUCGGAGAGAGCUGCUCAAGCUGCGCAAGUCAAUCUCCGGGCCAAACUGGCCAAGGAUGGCGCAUCGGGCAAGAAGUCCGGCUUCGCGGAAAUCUGGCGCCUCUUCAAGAUUGCGCGACCUGAAGCGAAGGCGCUCGGGUUCGCAUUCUUCUUCCUGCUAGUUUCCUCGUCUAUCACGAUGUCGAUUCCAUUCUCAAUUGGUAAGAUCAUUGACGGAGCCACGAAGAGUGAAGAAGAAGGUGGUGGUCAGCUGUUUGGUUUGAGCAUCCCUAUGUUCUACACAGCUCUUGGGGGUAUCCUGCUAGUGGGCGCUGCUGCCAACUACGGCCGUAUUAUCAUUCUUCGUAUCGUUGGUGAGCGAAUCGUUGCGAGAUUGCGCUCCAAGCUUUUCCGUCAGACUUUCGUCCAAGAUGCCGAGUUCUUUGAUGCCAACCGGGUCGGUGAUUUGAUCUCUCGGCUGAGCUCGGAUACCAUCAUCGUUGGCAAGAGCAUUACGCAGAACCUGUCUGAUGGUCUACGUGCCGGUGUCAGCGGCGUGGCCGGAUUUACUCUGAUGGCGUAUACUAGUCUCAAACUUUCCAGUAUUUUGGCUUUGUUGUUGCCCCCAAUUGGUCUGGGUGCGCUCUUCUACGGACGUGCCAUUCGCAACCUCAGUCGCAAAAUCCAGAAGAAUCUGGGUACGCUGACCAAGAUUGCCGAGGAGCGCCUGGGUAACGUGAAGACUAGUCAGUCAUUUGCGGGUGAGAUCCUUGAAGUCAACCGAUACAAUACCCAAGUACGGAAGAUCUUCGACCUCGGUAAGAAGGAGUCUUUGAUCAGUGCAACAUUCUUCAGCUCGACUGGAUUGAUGGGAAAUUUGACGAUCUUGUCUUUGCUCUAUGUCGGAGGUGGCAUGGUCCAAUCAGGAGCGAUCAGCAUUGGAGAAUUGACGUCGUUCCUCAUGUACACUGCAUAUGCUGGUUCUAGCAUGUUUGGCCUCUCAAGUUUCUAUUCCGAGCUCAUGAAAGGUGUUGGUGCUGCAAGCCGAUUGUUCGAGCUGCAAGAUCGCCAGCCGACUAUCCACCCGACCAAGGGCCUCAAGGUCGAGUCUGCGCGGGGACCUAUCCGAUUUGAGAACGUCUCGUUCAGCUACCCGACCCGACCUGCCGUGGCCAUCUUCAAGGACUUGAACUUUGAGAUCCCACAGGGAACCAAUGUUGCAAUUGUCGGUCCCUCUGGCGGUGGCAAGUCAACUAUCGCGUCCAUCUUGCUUCGAUUCUACAGCCCAACUGGAGGCAGGGUCCUCAUCAAUGGGCAGGAUAUCAAGGAAAUGAACGCCAAGUCACUCCGACGAAAGAUUGGUGUAGUCGCGCAGGAGCCCGUUCUCUUCUCUGGCACCAUUGCUGAGAACAUUUCUUAUGGCCGGCCGCAUGCCACGCGAUCUGAGAUUGUUGCUGCAGCUCGCAAGGCCAACUGCCAAUUCAUUAGUGACUUCCCCGAUGGACUUGAUACCCACGUGGGAGCCCGUGGCGCGCAGCUGUCCGGUGGACAGAAGCAGCGCAUUGCCAUUGCCCGUGCUUUGAUCAAGGAGCCGGAUAUCCUGAUCCUCGACGAAGCCACCUCUGCCCUUGAUGCUGAAUCGGAGACUCUGGUGAACAGUGCGUUGGCGGCCCUUCUCCGUGGCAACAACACCACCAUUAGCAUUGCCCAUCGGCUCUCUACCAUCAAGCGCUCCGACACGAUCAUUGUGCUCGGGCCUAAUGGCACGGUCGCCGAACAAGGCUCCUACGAAGAGCUCAGCUCUCGUCCCGAUGGUGCUUUCACCAAGCUCAUGGAGUGGCAGAUGAGUGGUGGAGAUCAACUCCCGUCUCCUCCCACGCGGGCAGUCCCGCCAGAGGAACUCUACAAGCUCGAGAACGAAGCCGAGGAGCAGGUGUUGGAGGAAGACGAGGAAGUGGAGGAAUCAAAGUCCCAGAAAAAGGAAUAG